AAAAUAAUAAAAUUAAUAUUGAUAAAAAACUAAAUCAUAGAAUUAAUAAAAAUGAACUCAAAACCUUUAUUACUUGGUUCUUUACUUGCAAUCAUCGCAUUCAGUGGAUACUUGUUGAUUUCUGAAAAAACUUUAGUUAAUUCUGAUAGUGAACGUGCCACCUUUAGUGAAUGGCAAUAAUGUUUAAAAGAAAAAUGGAAUCCAUUUUGUAACUAAACUAAAGAUCCUUAAGAAAUUUAAAAAUGCAAUAAUGUCUAUAGCGGUAUUACUUAGUGUGAAGUUCAUAAUGACGCUUGCAAUAGAUUUUUCAUCUACUUUGAAGAGCCUGAAGAAGAUGCUCCUCUCCCUGAUUGCUUUUACUAAUGUACUAAAGCAUGCCAAUAGUUUGCUACAGGUGAUAUUUAUGCUGAAACUAAUUACUAAAUUUAACAUUAUGAGUGUGCUUACAAAAAUUGA